AUGUAUUUCUGGAGUGGGUUUGAUAUUGUUGCGAAUAAUCUGCCUGUCAUGCAAGCCCUUAUUCGAAUCGCUGAUGGCAUGCGCGACGAGGCGGAAGCUCUUCUAGCAAAAGCACGCAGCUUUAAAGGUUUUCCUCUGGAGAACAAACUACACUUCCGCAUUCACAGUGCCAUGGAAAAUCUAGGUUCAAGAACACCUAUGGUGUGA